AUGGCCGCCCUGAACAGAUUCCUCUCGCGUUCCGCGGUCCGGGGGCUGCCUUUCUUUCGCAUCCUAAAAACGCCUAGAGAUUUCCAAUGGACGGAGGAGUGCCAGAAAGCCUUCGCCGAUCUCAAGGCAUACUUAGCAGAGCUACCCACUCUGACGGCCCCGGAGCAGGGGGAGACCCUGUUCCUAUACUUGUCUACUUGCAACGAAGCCGUUAGCGCGAUCUUGGUGCGGGAGGACAGGGGGGUUCAGAGGCCAAUAUACUAUGUCAGCCGUACUCUACAAGGGCCGGAGAUGCGGUACACGCCAGCUGAAAAACUAGUCCUGGCUUUAGUGCAUGCUGCCCGGAAGCUCCGACCUUACUUCCAGACCCACAGCAUCGUCGUCCUAACCGAUCAGCCUCUACGGCGGAUACUCACCAAGCCCAAAGUCUCGGGUAGGAUGAUCAUGUGGGCCGUCGAGCUGGCAGACUUCCUUGCUGAGAGGGCUAGUUUAACACUAACCGAGCUAAGCCCCCUGCGCGAGGAGGUACGGCCGAAGGAGCCAUGGGUGUUGUUUGUAGACGGGGCCUCCAGCAAGGAAGAUAGCAGAGCGGGUCUGCUACUCAUCUCACCCACCGGGGAAGAGGUGACCUACACUCUCAGAUUUGACUUCCCCGCGUCCAACAAUGAGGCCGAGUACGAGUCCCUGCUCACGGGAUUGUGGAUAGCCCACCAGAUGGGUAUAACCGCGAUCCAAGUUCGGAGCGAUUCUCAGCUCGUCGUCCUCCAAGUCCUCGGGGAGUACGAGAUCAAGGAGGAGGUCAUGAAGAAGUAUCUGGCCAAGGUGCAGGAGGCAACAACCCUAUUUGAUACCUUUGAGAUUGAGCGGGUGCCAAGAUCGCAAAACAAGCGUGCGGACGCCCUGUUGAAGCUGGCAUCCUCCUCGUUCACGCACUUGAGCAAAGAAGUUCUGAUAGAGGUAGUAAAACAGAAAAGUAUCGAUCAGGUUCGAGUCAUGGCUAUAGACAACUCGGCCACCUGGAUGACACCCCUCAUCGACUACCUCAGCUCGGGUGUCCUUCCUGAGAACAAAACCGAGACCCGCCGAAUCCAGCUCGGAGCUGCCAAGUACGCCUACGCUGGGAGAACCCUCUACAGAAAGUCAUACCUGUCUCCCUGGCUAAAGUGCGUGACUCUCGAGGAGGGGGACUACGUCCUCCACGAAAUCCAUGAAGGGAUAUGUGCGGCGCACGUAGGGUCCUGGGUGUUGGCCAAAAAGUGCCUUCUCUCGAGCUAUUAUUGGCCCUCCGUCUUCCGGGAUGCCGCAGAACUGGUACAGAAAUGCCGAGCUUGCCAGGUGCACGCCCCACUGCGUCACCAGCCAGCUCGGGAAAUGAUCCCCAUCCAUAGCCCCUGGCCCUUCGCCCAAUGGGGGAUAGACCUCCUAGGCCCUUUCCCCUGA